AUGGUUUUGACUAUAAAACUAUUUGAAUAGUUACACAUGUAGAUAUUAAAAAAUCAUAGAAAGCAACACUAAGAUAGAGAUAUAAUCAUAAUGCUUAGAAACAACAUCAUAAUGCGAAUUGGAAUUAGGGUGUAAAUAUUGCUAAUUGCAUAGGGCAUCAUAAUUAUAAAGUGAACUGGAAUCAAAUUUAUAGUUUUGAAAACUAAAAUGAUGACUUGGAGGGUGAAAAUAAAAUUUUAAGACAAAAAUUGAUAAAUUAAUGCAUCAAGAAGUUAAUUAAAUUAUCCUUAAUAUUAAUUACAAACUAAGUUAAGUGGUGAUUUAAAUCAUAAUGUAAAUAAUUUAGAAUAAAGGUUAGAAAUCACAUUAGAAAGUGAUUUCCCUAAUGAAUCUGUUAGUACACUUAAGUAUGAUAUUUAUUAUUAUAUAUUGUUUGUAUAAUAAACUGAUUAGCUAAAUAUUGAUAGUUCAGAAAUAGAAUGAAAAUUAAGUGUGAGUGUGUUAGAAAACUUUGUGAAGGGAUUUAAAAGAUAAAAAAAGAAUUAUGUUAAAGAAUUAGGAAAUCUCUCUAUUAACUGAAUAAUAUAAAAUCAUUUCAAAAGAAGAAUAAGUAAUAUCAAUUAAAAACUUGAUUAAUGAAAAAAAAGAAUUUAAUAAGAGAAUUAGUAAAAUUAGCCCUGGAUAGAGCGGAAUGGGUACAAUAAAAUGAUCUUGAUUAAAUUUUGAUUCAAUAUUAAGCUGUGAUAUUUGGAUUUUAGAAUCAACGCUGUUACACUAAAAUUUGCUGAUAUAUUCUUCAUCUUCUCUAUCGUGUAUGAUAUUUAAAAUCAAGGAAUUACAGUCUUUUAUGUAGUCAACUUAGAAAUAAAUCAAGGAAUCCAUAUAAUUGAUAACCUCCCAAUACCCAUUAUUCCAAAACUUUCCAGAAAAACUAAAUUUAUGCUGA